AUGUUUGGCUUCAUCGCCGAUGGCUUGACCGUCGCUAUUACCGUCCUUCUUCCAGUCUUCGCUUCCUAUAAAGCCCUCCACACUUCAGAUCCGGCGCAGCUCGCACCGUGGCUUAUCUAUUUCAUUACACUUCUCCUCUUCCACACUGUCGAGAACACUUUCGACUUUAUCCUGUCCUGGGUUCCAUUCUGGUCCUGGAUUCGCUUCUUCUUACAUCUCUACCUGAUCCUACCGGGUUCUCAAGGUGCAACCUUCCUAUACCAAGAAUACGUCGAGCCGUUCCUGUACCACCACGAGCGCGAGAUCGAUGACUUCAUAACCGAGACACACGACAAUGCGAAGAAGGCGGGGCUAGCAUACCUCCAGCAAGCCAUCGAGUGGGCUAAGGUCAACGUGUUGGGCUUCGCGCCGCAGCAGCGUUCUCCCUCUCCGACACCAGGACAAAGCUACGCCCAGAACUUCAUGUCGAGGUUCAACAUGCCCUCUGCGCGCGGAAGCGACGACCUGUACGGUCUGGUCAACCAAGCGCUCAGUGGCGCGAGCGCGCUCUACGCUGGCAACAGAGACGCCCAAGCUGCAGAGCUUAGCCGCAGCGCGAAUAUCAUCCCCGAUAACAUCCGGAACAACGAUGAUCGGCUUAAUUACGUCUCCUCGCAGCGAGAACGCCUGAUGACCCUCCUCCAGGCAUUCGACCGCGAGGCCGACAACGUGCGCGCCCAGCGCGAGGGCGGAAGCAGAUACUACGAGGGAAUGGGAGGGCUUUCUAAGAGCAGGAGCGAGGCUGAGUUCGAUAAGAUUGAGGUUGAUGAGGCGAGCUCAGGCUCAGAGCGGCCGCCGUAUCCCAUCACGCCGCCGGCUUUAGACCGAAGGACUAGCAGUGGGUGGAUGCCUUGGAAUUGGCAGCGUGGAGCACCGCCGCCACCACCGCGGGAGGAUGACCCGCUUGCUUAUGGCAGGGAGCCUAGUACGCGCCGUGAUCAGGGUCGUUCUACGGGUUAUGACGCGGGUGACCGUUAA